AUGCCGGCGAAACGUCUGGGAAUGUACCACGUCCACGAUCCGACUUUGGAAAUGAUGUAUACAAUGGACUCCCGACUAGGUCCCAUUAUAGCCUCCAUUUCCGACUCUUAUCUGCCCGAUUCGGUGAUUUUACUCGAUCACUACCACCUGAUCCGUGUUACUCGAGGCGUUAUGUCCUACACUCUGAAUCAGGCCUUUGAUAACACGUAUCCUCCAGCCUCACUGAAAAAGACCCCAAAUUCUUGA